AAGUGAAGUCAGUCUUUUCCGUUUUUAACCGGGCGCAGUUGAGCACGCGUACCGCGUACUGUGUUUUUCAACGGCAGAUUGAAAUAUUAUUUCGAUCAUAUUCUGCCUAUACGAACCCGGCGAUAAUGAAACCCAUUCUUCUGCAGGGCCAUGAGAGGUCCAUCACUCAAAUCAAAUACAACAGAGAGGGGGAUCUCUUGUUCUCAGUAGCCAAGGAUCCGGUUGCAAAUGUUUGGUACUCUGUCAAUGGAGAAAGGCUCGGCACUUAUAAUGGACACACUGGUGCCGUCUGGUGUGUGGAUGUUGACUGGGACACAAAGAACGUCUUGACUGGAUCUGCUGAUAACAGCUGCAGGCUCUGGGACUGCGAAACAGGAAAGCAGCUGGCUCUUCUGGAGACCAGCUCGGCCGUGAGGACGUGUGGUUUUGACUUCAGUGGGAACAUCAUAAUGUUUUCCACAGACAAGCAGAUGGGCUACCAAUGCUUUCUCAACUAUUUCGACCUCCGAGACCCUCAGCAAAUCGAGGACAACCAGCCAUACAUGUCCGUGCCCUGCAGUGAAUCAAAGAUCACCAGUGCUGUAUGGGGUCCGCUGGGAGAGUUUGUGAUCGCUGGCCAUGAAAAUGGAGAAAUUAACCAGUUCAGUGCUAAGUCAGGAGAGAUUCUGAAGAAGGCAAAGGAACACACCAAACAAAUCAAUGACAUCCAGUCAUCUGUGGAUCUCACGAUGGUCAUCACUGCCUCCAAAGACUGUACUGCCAAGUUGUUUGACUCCGCAACCCUCGAUCACAUCAAAACCUUCAAAACAGAGCGACCUGUUAACUCCUCAGCCAUCUCGCCCAUCAUGGAUCACGUGGUGAUGGGAGGUGGUCAGGAGGCCAUGGAAGUCACAACCACCUCCACUAGGAUCGGCAAAUUCGAGGCCAGGUUUUUCCAUGCGGCUUAUGAAGAGGAGUUUGGGCGUGUGAAGGGACACUUUGGCCCCAUCAACUGUGUGGCAUUUCACCCAGAUGGGAAAAGUUAUAGCAGUGGAGGAGAGGAUGGUUACGUCAGAAUUCAUUACUUUGAUCCCCAUUAUUUUGAUUUUGAGCUUGAGGCGUAAUAACCAGUGAUCGCCUGCAUUCCCUACAUCCAAGACAGACCACCAUUUGGACACACCGGUAACACCUGAUCUACUACACAAGGCCAGACAUGGAGUUUUAUACGGCCACCCUCAUACAAAUAUUGCAUUUAAAGCAUUUGAUGCAACGUGUAUUUAAAGAAUUUAGCAUUCUGAAUAAACUGGGUUUGAGAUAUAAA